AUGGAAAUUAGGUUAGAUGGAAGGCAAUACCUUGAAUUACGCCCUAUAAAUAUUAGAAUAGGAGUUUUUCAUGGUUUAAGUGGUUCCUCAGAUUUUUCAAUGGGUUUAUCACGUGCAACAGCUGUUGCGUGGCAACCUGAAGAGACAAAUAAUAUACGAGGUAAAUCAUAUUUAGAUGUGAUUAUUAGACCAAAUUCAGGAUCUACAGGGGAUACAGAAAAACUUUUAGAGCUAUAUUGUACUCGAGUUUUAGAAGAUAUUAUAGACUUUAAACAAAUUCCACGUUGUAUUGUUUCUGUAGCUAUUCAAGUAAUCUCUCAAGAUGGUCCAAUAUUUCCAAUAUGCUUCAAUGCAGCAGUUUUGGCAUUAUUAGAUGCUGGUAUACCAAUGACUACUACACCUUUAGCUAUUUCAAUUGCAGAGGCAUGCACAUACCAAUUGAAUGAUUUAAGUAAACAUAUAAUUAUAGACCCAAAUGGUGAAGAAAUAGAUAAAUGUAUAUCUUGCUCACAUUAUAUUGUAAGUAGUAGAAGCAAUCAAAUUAUUGCAUGUUUGAUAGCAAAAGGGACAGGUAUAACUUACAAUGAUAAGAUAUAUGACUUUGAUUCAAUAUCUAUCGCUAUAGCAGGAACCAAAGUUCUAUGUAAUUAUAUACGUAAUUAUUUACAAAAAACAUUGUUGGAUAAUGUAGGCAAGUCAUAUGACAAUAAUAUUAGUUAA